AUGGUCAUGGUGCUCAUCACUACCAUCUUGCGGACUUUGGUUGGCACGCUCUGGCCGGCUUACAUGUCCUUCAAAACCAUCGUCACAAAGGAUACCCAGGCCUACAUUCAUUGGAUGAAGUAUUGGGUAUGCUUCAGCCUCUUUACCGUUUGUGAGCUCGUCGCUGACCUCAUCAUUUGGUGGAUUCCGUUUUACUACGAAGCCAAGCUCCUACUCUUGGCAUUCUUGCUCAUUCCCCAAUUUCACGGCCCCGAAUACAUUUUCAAGACCGUCAUUCGCCCCACGCUGCGCCACCACGAAAGCACCAUUGACAAGGUCAUCGAACAGCUCAACUCGCACGUGUACGCCACCAUGGUCAAUGGUAUCUCAGCCGUGCGUUACAAAGCCAUGGAGAUCAUGUUGGGCCCGAGUGCCGCCGCCCCCGCUACUCCCGUUGAGGAGGAAGAUGAGGACGACAUGAUGACGCCUGUUAGACCCCCGCAAGACGCCAAGCGUUUAUAG